ACAAGCUCACAGGGGAGGGGCCGGGCCUCUCCAUGCAGGAACUGGAGUCAGAGGCUUCCCCUGCAGCCUGCAAGGAGAGACCAUUAGGAAUGCCUCCCAGUGCCUGGUUUCCUGAGGUAUCUGGCGUUAGACACGCGGCCUGGAGCAAUCUGAGCACAUCUCACCCGCAGCUCUGCAGGAAUCAGGAUGCAGGCCAAAUACAGCAGCACAAGAGACAUGCUCGAUGACGAUGACACCACCGUAAGCCUGUAUUCUGGAGCUUCCACAGUCACCAGACGGGCAGAGCCCAGGCACUCAGAGAAUGAGACUCCCUCUUCAGUUUGGCGCCCUGUGGCCUUGACCCUGCUGACCUUGUGUUUGGUGCUGCUCAUCGGCCUGGCAGCCCUGGGCCUUGUGUUUUUUCAGUUCUACCAGCUCUCCAAUACCCAGCAAGACAGCAUCACUGAAAAGGAUGAAAGGCUGGGGAACAUAUCUCGACAACUGCAGUCCCUCCAGAUCCAGAACAGGAAACUCAUAGAAACCCUGCAGCAGGUAGCUGUGAAACUGUGUCGUGAACUCUACAACAGAAGUGGAGGACACAGAUGCAGUCCUUGCCCAGAAAAAUGGAAGUGGCAUGGGGACAAAUGCUACCAGUUCUAUAAAGAGAGUAAAAACUGGCAAGGCUGUGAAUACUUCUGCCUGGCUGAAAAUGCCACCAUGCUGAAGAUAAGCACACAAGAAGAACUGGAUUUUGCCAUGCCUCAGAGCUACUCUGAGUUUUUCUACUCUUAUUGGACAGGGCUCUCCCGCAAUGGCAGUGGCAAAGCCUGGCUGUGGACAGAUGGGACAUCUUACUCCUUUGAACUGUUUGAAAUUAUAAUAGAUCCCACCAACCUAAGAAACAGAGACUGUAUGACCAUCUUCAAUGGAAAGGCUUACUCCAAGGACUGCAAAGAGCUGAGGAGGUGUGCCUGUGAGAAGACGGCAGGGAGAGUGGUACCCGAGGUGCUCCAGUAGGUGCCAUGAAACAUUGAGCAGAGGGGGCCAAUAGGUCAGCUUCAACCACCAGCAAAAGGACUGAGUCAAGUGAGGUCAACGCAGAGGACAUUCACAGCUUUGAAAAACUGAGAGGCAGCUGUUGGGACUGGUACUUGAGAGACUGUCCUGGUUCUGACUCAGCAUCACCCAUACCUGAGCUCCAGUUCUUGCACACAUUUACCAGUUACAAAGAUUCUUACUCAUGAACCACCAACUAGCCUCAGUAAGCUAGAGAGUUGUCCUCCUUGAUUUACGGAAGUCUUUCAGCUUUCUCCCUUCUCAGUAUCUGUUUUCACCCUCUUUUUCAUGUCUUUCUUACACUAGGAAAAGAGAUGCCUAAGAAAAUAGAGGUGUUGAUAUGAAACCACUUAUUGUGUGUGGUGGAAUCCACACAAGUAUUGGUGCCUUCCAAUUCUCAGCACUUGGAAGGUAAAGGCAAGACAUGAAAGUUUAAGGCCACCCUCAGCUACAUAGCACAUUGGAGGCCAUCCUAGGCUGUAUGAGAACCUCUUCUCAAACAGAAAGAAGGGACAAAAGAACCAGAGAGAAAAAGAGAAAAAAAAAGGAGAAAAGCAAAGCAAAACAGAGAACAGAAGAAAAGGAAGUGAGACCCUUUGUCCUAACAGCAGUCCAAGAGAAACUAGCAGAUGUCCCACUCCUGUGCUGCUUUAAACACAGCUGAUUCUUUCUGUUUCCAGUUCACACUUUGCCUUUCCCAGGCUCUCAACAAUGACUUUGCCUGCUACACUGCUGGCCAGCUUUCCAACUGAGAUGGAAAUUGUGUCAAUCUCCACUCCAUCAAUUGUGUCUUUCUUCUAAUCAUGUCUCCUGGAAAAGAGAUGAUCUCAACUCUGACCUAAGUUAGAAUUGCUGUCCCUGUACUCCAACAAGGAGACUGGAGUAGAGAGAAAAAAAAUUAGUUUCUUUACAUGCACAGAUAAUAGUUUGAUUACUUCCUCCAUCACGUUUAUACCUUUCAGGUACUAAAGUUUUAAUAAUAAUAACUGUGAUGAGUGUGAAAUGGGUGUGGUUUCAGAAUGGAUUUGUGAUUUGGGGGAAUAUCAGCAAGGGAAUGUUUUUCACACUAUGUUAACAGAACUGUUUGACUACUUAUGACUUGACAAUUGGUGGAGCCACUCUGAGGAUAUUGUUUAUGGGGUAUUUGAGAUUAAGAAAGUGUACAAAGCAAAUUGUCUUCCAGAGGGGGCUUUAUGAUAUUCCUAAAAUGAAAUGAUUGGGAUAGAAUCAUGACAUCAAGGUUGGUAUGUUGAGUAACCAAGGUGUGAUAGACCACAUGACUGAUUUCUGAACAAGCUUCGGAGGAGAAAGAGAGGCUGUGAUGUCUACAUAGUCAGACUCUUGACUAGACAUGUGUUUCUCUGGGUGAUGACAUUCAAAACUAUAACAGGGGUCAUUGUGAACAGCACCAUGUCAACUGGCUUCAUUGGUUAUAGAUAAACCAACACCAUGGGACUGACAGCACCAGUAUAAGACUUUAUACUCUUACUUUUCAACAGUGAAAACUGGGAAACAUUUGUUUCAUGGUGAAAUUAUAUUAACUUAGCCCUUUUGUGAUGAGAACAAUUCUGCACUUAUUUUCAUAAGACUUAAUUUGACGAUGGUUACUUAUCGAAACAUUACUGGCAAGCUACUUAAGUUUUCUUUUAGAUUUCCUUCUAACUAGCUAGGGGAUUUCUUCAAUGAUGAAUGAAUUCUAUGCAGGUUUACUGUGUCAAGCACAUAGAAGUGCAUUUGUGGUUUUGAAAUUUAAGUCUCUCUUGGUUUGAUUUAUUUAUUGAGCAAAUCGCAUCACUUCAUGUAGCUUAUUAAAAAGUGGAAAUAUUUUUAAUUUCCCUAUGAUGUUACUUAAAAUGUAGUAAGUAUGAAGUUACUCUCAUAAUGUGGGUUGUAAUAGAAAAUGUAAGGGGAAUUAAGAAAAUAUUUUAAAGGGUUUAAUGAUUCUUAUUUAAAUAUAGGGGACACAAAUGCAGCAUCUGUAUUCAUUAAAGAGAAAAACUAUUCUCAAAUAUUUCCCAAAAUUAAAAUGUUGACUGUUUUCCUGGCUCAGUUAAAGUGACUAAUACAAUAACCUACAAAAUAAGAAAUAAAGAUCAAGGCCAUCAUUAAGCAAUUGUUGUCUAAACCUACUACAGAAGGAAACGGCAGUCAGCAAGAGAAAGUCAAAAACUUUGUGGACUUAAUUGUAAACAAGGGCCAUGACUCUCAUUUAAAUUUUGACUCCUAGCAUUCUGGGCUCCUGGAGGGAAGACAGCUGUCUCUCUAACUACCAUUGAUUGGAAGAAUCUAGCUAUCUAGAGGAUGAAUAGCGUUCUCAUUUGCAACCUGAGAUCUCAAGCAAAGUGUCCUUUCCGUUGGAAAAAGAGAAAAAUUGUGCUUUUAAAAUUUGUUUUCUUUUCUUGAUCUUAUUCUUCAUCAUUGACCUUAGUCCCCCUUUCUGUAUCCAAGCCUGAUAAUAUCAAUAACAUCACAAACAAACGUUUCAAAAGAUGAGGAAGGGGGGUUAUGGUACAAUAUUGCCUUCACUAUCAUUUAAGACAUAAGAAUCAAUCAUAAAAUGAAUUUUAAGGUAAGGCUUGCUGAUAAUCAAAAAUGGAAACCACAUGAACUGGCUUUCUCAGGAUAAGAAGACAUUUUUCUAGUCUCUUACUGUGUAGGUAAUUGUAAAGAAAAUGCAGGAAAAGUCAAACGGGAACAUGGCCUUUCCCAUAGAGUGAGCUCCCUCGGGUACACAAUGAGCUAUUUCUUUUCCUGAGGAUAUUGAACACUCUCAGGACUUAUCAGCAGGAAACAGGUCAGGAGCCCAGUGACAGCAGGAAGUUUGAGAAGGGUAAUGGGCAGCUUUUACUUGGGGAAUACAAACAGAUUACAAACUAUGUACAAGGGUCGAGUGGGUGUCCUGGGGCCAGCCUUGGUGUUUGGGAGUCAAGGGCAGUUGUUGGAAGACACACAAAAUGUACUGUGUGACUUAAGAUACACAAAACUCACUGUAUGAACAGAUCUUUAGACUCUAACAACAAAUUUAUUAUUAUAUCAAUAUUAUUAUUUCAGUAUUUUAUUGGUGCAUUUAGUGUGCACUACUAUGCAGCACUGUUUCCAAUUGCAGAGGAAUUGUUUUUUUCCCUUUUUAAAAGUUCACUCAGUGAGAUGGAUUAAAAGUACCUAAUCAUCAUUGGUAGCAUUGGGACAGGAAACCGGUCCUCUUAUGGCUAAUUACCAUUAAAAAGGACAGGUAUCCUGGAUCACUAGCAACCCGCCCUAAGAAUUUCCCAAGCCCUGCAUCUGUGUAGUGCAGCACGGCUGCCUGGGACAUUGUAGACUCCUGGGUCAGCUGCACUGUAGAUAAAUCUCUGGCUUGUAAAUACAGCAUCAUACAUACACAAGCUGGAUAACAUCAGCCGGAGGAUGUUUGCAUUCAGUUUCCUUGUACUUUUUUGAGAAGAAUCAUCAAUGCUUCCCAUCCUUUCUCUAAACAUAGCCUGAUGACAAGCCUUUGAAGAAUCUCAGAGACAAACAGUCUUUACUGUUAAAAAUCACCAUUGUUUCUCUGCUUUCCAGAUUAGUAUAUUUAGCUACCAGCUGCCAGCUGUGGAAACCAAACAGCCUACAACUUCCACGGUCUGUGGGCUGUUUGUCCUCCCAGGAUCAGCAGGAAGCUAGAGACAUUUCUAUGUCGUGUGUGUGUGUGUGUGUGUGUGUGUGUGUGUGUGUGUGUGUGUGUGUGAUGCUCCCACCCUUUAAAGCCAUGUCAAGGUAAAUAAACAGAAACUAGAAAAACAAGACAAAGACAUGAUCUUCUCAUUGCUAGACGACCAUAGCCACCAAGAAAUGAACUUCAGGAUAAAGGAUGCUUAGUUUUAUUUAAAUAAUUCCUGCUUGCUCAGUAAAUUGUGUUUUUUAAAUUAUUUAUCUAAGUUAUGCCAUUUUAAUAAGAAGGAAAGGAUGAAAAUCUUGUACCUCUCAGAGUCUUAUCAGAAUGAAAGAUUAAAUACAACAAUAUUGAAAUUAGUGACUAUUUAUUGAGAGCAUGCUAUAUAGUAAGAUUUAGAGAUGGCACAUGGUAGACAUAGAAUAUGAUAAUAAUUAGUAAAUUUUUCCUUCUUAUAGAUGGCAAGUAUUUUCACUUCAACUUUUCUACCAAAAAUAUCAUGUAACAUUAGGAUUGUAUUCUUAAGCAGUAUUUUGAAGUGAAUUAUAUUAUGAUUUUAUAGUGGGAAAGUUGAGGCACGGAGACAGGCAGUUGAAAGUGCUCCGGUUUUAAUCUUGGCCUUGCAGACUAUGAGCUGUUUGAUUGGUGAGUGGUGGGAUGGACAGUCCCACCUCCACCGGAGGACAUGCUGAUGCUGAUGUCCUGACUAUUCCUUCACCUAUGUGAAGUUCUAAGGGUUCCUUUCCCAGUAGAACUCUACAGUCUGAAAAGCACAGUCCAACACUACAGAUAGAAGAAGCCUCCUUUUCUUCUGAGACAGAUCAGAUGGAUUCAAUGACUCUACAGCGUUGGGGCAGGAGUUAAAUCCUGUUAAACAUGUUAAUUGUUUGGAAGUACUGUUAAGUGCUAUUAGAAUGGUCAUAUAUUGAGGUUUUAUUAAGUCUUUAUUGUAAACAGGCUUUAAAGGUCUGUGAAUGAUUCAAGCUAUCAGCCAAGCAGCCUCUUUUCUAACAGCUGGCCAGAUUGCCCUGAUGGCAGUAGAGUUGUUUGGGCAGUUUACUCUGAAGACCACCACCUCAUGGCUGGAACAGCCUGUGGAAAGCAGCACUCUUUGGCAAACUGUAGAUGGCCAGGCCUAUCCUGCAGCUAUUCACACUCAGGCCAGAGAGGGAGCACUCCCAACCUGUGGCCCCAGGGAAGACCUGUGAAUAUGGAAAGAAGAGUCUGUGCUGUGAUUGGUGCAAACACAGUCCUUGGAGGGCUGCCAUGACUUAUGUGGACACCUUCACCACACCCUCUUUUUGUCUAUUAAGUGGGCUGUUUGGUUCAGUUUUAGAGUCAGCCAGGAGACCCCUCACCCUCCUCUGAUACUCCUAAUGUUGCAACAUUAGGAACAAUAGACGACUUCCUGAAUGGUCCUUUCUCGACUCCUUUGCUCUUUAUCAUUGAAAGAGUGAGCUGAGCUGGUAACAGAAGAAGCUGCAGAAGUACAGGAUGGUAGCAAGGGCAGAGGCAGCACCAGAAGCAGUUACUGCUCUGGUGGUGACAGCAGUCACCAUCACCAUGGCAGUAGAGAGUGACCAGAGAACAGCUGAAGAAUUCCAGAGAGUGGCCAAGGCAGAGAGGAUGGGCAGCGGAAGCAGAGAGACACCGAGGAAUAGUGGACAUAGAAACAGUAAGGGAAAAGGCAGAAAAGCAAGGCCGAGUAAAGACACCAGAGAAGAGAUGCAGUGGGCUCAGGGAACAGCCGUCCAAGAACCAUAAUACUGGUGGGAGAUGCCUGCUGUUACUUACUGCUAUCUGCUGCUGGUGUUGAAGGUCAAGGCUUUCAAAAGCUGCCAAGAGCUGUGUCCCAGGGGUGAUUAAACCCCAGAGAAAUAAGCCUCCAGCCCUCCAGCACAUCCAGAUCCUAGAGCAAUAGACCCAAGCUCCUAGGGUUAGGAACUGAAAGCCGCUAUAUCUGUGAGGUCAGCCCCUAGGCCUUUGGCAUCAGAGGAGGAUUACCAGCA